AUGUCUGAUAAAGAAUAUAAACCAGUAACAGUGGAUAAACCUAUCCCUAAUACCUUUGACUUGGGUAAUCUCGCUACAUUCGACCCUAAUCCCCUUGAUAAUACCAAAUUAAAUAACGAAGAAGAAAAGGAAAAACAUUUAACUGAAGUUACAAGGGAUAAUGUACAAUUAUUGAUCAAUCAAAUUUUAUCAUUACCACUCAAGACCACCACAGAUACACAUGGAUCAUCUACUGGACAAGAUUCAACUAUGACAUUAGUUCAAUUACCUGAGCCAACCACAUUAUUACCAAGAGAAAAAUCUAUACCUAAAGAAAAACCAUUAACGAGAUGGCAACAAUUUGCUCUUAGAAAAGGUAUCAGAUCUAAGGCCAAAGAUGGUAAAAUGGUUUAUGAUGAAGAAACUGGUGAAUGGGUUCCUAAAUGGGGUUAUAAAGGUAAAAAUAAAGAAAUGGAUAAUCAAUGGUUGGUAGAAUUAAAUGCUAAUACCAAAAAUACUGAAGAAGAAUUGAUCGAUCCAAGAACUUUAAAGAGAGCUGAAAGAAAGAAAUUAAUCAAGAAGAAUGAAUUACAACACAAACGUAAUUUAAAAAAUCGUGCUUAG